UUCCCCAUCACAGCCUUGCGAGAGAUAAAAAUCCUCCAGCUGCUCAAACAUGAGAAUGUGGUGAACCUCAUAGAAAUCUGCAGGACCAAAGCCUCCCCGUACAACCGCUGCAAGGGCAGCAUCUACCUUGUGUUUGACUUCUGCGAGCACGACCUGGCCGGCCUUCUCAGCAACGCUCAUGUCAAGUUCACGCUCUCAGAGAUCAAGAAAGUGAUGCAGAUGCUGUUGAAUGGGCUCUACUACAUCCACAGGAACAAGAUCCUGCAUCGAGACAUGAAAGCUGCGAAUGUCCUGAUCACGCGGGAUGGAGUCCUGAAGCUUGCGGACUUUGGGCUGGCUCGAGCUUUCAGCCUGGCGAAGAACAGCCAGCCAAACCGCUACACCAACCGCGUGGUGACUCUGUGGUAUCGGCCGCCAGAGCUGCUCCUAGGGGAGCGGGACUAUGGUCCCCCCAUUGACCUCUGGGGCGCAGGCUGCAUCAUGGCAGAGAUGUGGACCCGCAGCCCCAUCAUGCAGGGGAACACGGAGCAGCACCAGCUCACGCUCAUCAGCCAGCUCUGCGGAUCCAUCACGCCGGAGGUUUGGCCAAACGUGGAUAAAUAUGAGCUGUACCAGAAGCUGGAUCUCCCCAAGGGCCAGAAGCGCAAGGUGAAGGAUCGCCUGAAAGCUUAUGUCAAAGACCCCUACGCCCUCGACCUCAUCGACAAGUUGCUGGUGCUGGAUCCCGCUCAGCGGAUUGACAGCGACGACGCGCUCAACCAUGACUUCUUCUGGUCAGACCCAAUGCCUUCGGACCUCAAAAACAUGCUGUCCACCCACAACCAGUCCAUGUUCGAGUACCUGGCCCCGCCGCGCAGGAGGGGUGGACACAUGCCCCAGCAGCCAGCUAACCAAGGCAGGAACCCGGCCGCCACCAACCAGACUGAAUUCGACAGGGUGUUUUGAGUGGGGGCUUCCCCAGAGGGGUCCCGGCCGGGCUGCUCCGUGGGUUACACUGAGCAGGGA